AUGUAUUACGGAGCGUGGAAAAAAAUAUUAGAUGAAAUAAGUUCUGAAAAUCAAGGUAAUAUACUGGACGCAAUAAAAGAAAAAUUAAGGAUAAAAUAUCCUGAUGUAUAUAAAGAAUGGGAGAAUGGGGAAUCUGAGAAAAAGAGAUUUAAUAUUGACUAUUCGUUUCAAACUCUGAAAUGCACAUUAUUGCAUAUUUCUGCUUAUUAUGACAAAUGGAAUGCAAUAAAGUUUCUAUUAGAAAAAGGGGCAAAUGUUAAUGCUAUAAAUGAAGAUGAUGAAACUCCUCUACAUCUGGCUGCUGAAAAUAAUUGUACACGUGCAGUUAAGAUUUUAUUAAGAAAUGAAGAUAUAAAUGUUAAUAUUAGAGAUAAAAGUGGAAAAACUCCUUUACAUUGGGCUGCUUUGCUUGGCUAUACAGACAUAGUAAGAGCUAUAUUAACAAAAAAAGAUGUAAAAGUUAAUGUUGCGGAUAAAGGUGGAAAAACUUCCUUACAUUGGGCUGUUGAAAACGAUCAUAUAGAUAUAGUAAAGGUUCUUUUAGGCAACGGGGCAAAGGUUGAUAUUGUCGAUCGAUGUGGAAAAACCCCUUUACAUUGGGCUGCUUUAUUUGGCAGUGUAGAUGGAGUAAGGGCUCUAUUACAAAAAGAUGCAAAUCCUUUAGUACAGGAUGGAGAUGGUAAAAUUCCAAGAGGAUUAACUCGGGAUAAUGAAAUAAAGCAGCUUUUAGAAAGGGCAGAAAAUAGACAAAUCCUGAAGCUUGCAACAGGUGUUAUAACUGGUUGUAUAACUGCGGUAUUGGGGGCUAUAAUAACAAUACAGCUUGUUAAAAAUGAAACAGUUGAUGCUGAAGAAAUGCCUAUAAAGCCAACAGUUGUCAUAAUUUCAUUAGUUGCACUAGCGAUUGGUGGCCUGAUGUAUAAAAUAUAUGAACCUAAUACUAAAAUAGAUGAAGUAAGAACUGUGGAAAGGGAUAGAACAGGAAUUUCUACAGUAUAG